AUGAAGGCUCAAGACUUGGAGAAAGAUGAUGUUCAGGUGAAUGAAACUUUCAGGUACUCAAUCCAAGCCAAGGAUGUGCCAAAGUUUGAGAAUGUCCUCAAGCUCAAGCGUCCUUGCAUAUGGCCACAACAAGAAUGCCAAGAAAAGAGAAAAGGAAGCAUACUUGUCAUACGCCAACAUUUCCUCCAGAUCUUGGCAAACCAAGUACAAGUGGGAUUCAGAAAAUGGAUUCCUGUACUCAGGAGAAACACCAUCCAACUUCUGAAGUUCAAAAGGAACAAGGAAAGAAAAGAAGAGUCCCCAACACCCACGUGCGUCAAAGCCAUUCUCCAAGUGAAGAUAAAGAAGACUGUAGCACUGACCAAACUUGUGAAGAACAAGAAGUACCAGCUCAAAAGUGCAACAGAUGCCAUCAACACUCAAGUUAAGGAUACAGUUGCAGCAGGGAAACUGAAAUCAUCAAAACCAAUGGCACUUGGAUCAAAUUCCAAACUUCCUGAUAAUGAAAGGCCUCCUCUGCAUAAAGCAUUCAAAGAAGUGGAUAAACCAAUGAACGUCAAAUGUGUUCUUCUUGGUUCAAUGGAGGCCAUGUGUGGGAAAACCUGUGGCCUGUUCAUGCAAAUUGAUGACCUUCAGGACUUGAUGAGCAGGAUAAGGAUAUACUGCCAGACAAUGUUGUCUAGAGUGCAUGUGAUUAAAGGAUCCAAGAAGAAGAACUGGAAGGUUCCUGAUGGCCGGGGAAUCUUUUAUAAUGCUCUUGUGCAGGCCAUUUUUCCUGCUGACUCUUCAGCAGCGCUGAACACUACUCCCAUGGUAGCAUCAACCCGUGGAUCAGAAGCAAAUGAAUUCAUCUCAUUUUGCAGAGACAUUACGUUUCUACCGCUCAACUCAAAGAAUGAGGACAAUAAUUGGCGUGAUAGUGUUGAAGUCCACAAGAAAAUGGUUGUUGGACGAUACAUGGAGAACUGUGGCUUGUUGGAUGACAAAUUCACAAAGUUUGACGCCUGGCACAAGGAUGUGUACAAGCAACGUGCAAAUAAAUGGGGAAAUAUGUCAGAGGAAGCAAUUGGUAGACCAGUGAUCAUUGAGAUACCAACGGAUAUGUUUGGACCACCAAAAAUAUAUGAUGUCUCUUUGCCUAAACUUGUUCCUAUACCUGAAUUUGCCAGUGACAAGAGAGAAACAAAUGGCAAUUGGUACCUUCACCAUGGAAUUAAGGAUGCACUCUUGGGAAUGUCCCCAGGUCUUGUUGACCAUCAUAGACACUCCAACUCAUUGUGUCUUGCUCAUGGUCUGAACCGUUUCAUGUUCACAAAUGCAUUUGCAUGUGCAUUAUGUCCAGAAAUGCAAGCUGAACUUUCAAAAAUUGCUAUCCCAAUUAAGAAGGACAUGGUUGAUGAAACGUACAGCAUGGAUGCAACAAAUGUGGACAGAUAUGAAGAGACUGUCAAAAUUGCUGCAGGAAAAGACUUUCCACAAUGCGGCAACCUCCCACGUCACAAGAUCUACAUGUAUGAUGAAAAGUCUGAGGAGAACAAUGUGCAUUCCCCAUUGGAGCCGUUCAUGAGGAACUACUACCCAAAAAGGUACAAGGAGUGGCUGAUCAAAAGCCUGAAUAAGUUUCCUUCAAAUCGACCGGAUUUACCAACAACUAAAGAAGAAAUAUACUGUGAAACUAGAGGUGGAGAUGAUGAACAGAAGAAGCUGCUGAACAUGCUACAGAAGCGGAUCAAAAUCUUGGAAGACAAACUUGAUGAUCUCCUGGGAGUUGGGAAGAACACUUCAUGUUCAGUUAGCAACAAGUACAAGGAACUUGUCAUGGAGGAAUACAACAAAAGGAUGAAGAAUCAAGCAUCAAGUGAAGAAGAAUCAAACAUGCUGGCAUCUGAACAAGAGGAAUUGGAGGAUUCCAUGGAGAUUUCUGAUAAGACCCUUCAAGUGGUUUGCAUUCUUCUUUUUGAUGAUGACAUCCGCUGCAAGGAAGUUGUGCAGGAGUUCAAGAAGAAUGAGAAGAGAAAACUGGAAUUAAGUGGGGAUGAUGUGGUUUCCAUGAAGAAUGUUUUCAGGAGAAGUGAUAGUAGAUGA